GUGAGCAGAAUCUGUUUUUAUUUCAAUGGAAUAGUCGCGCCCUCUCAUAAAUAUUCAAUGCAUUGCAUUAAAUAAAAUAUUUGGAAUAGGCUUAAAUAUAGUAAAAUAUAUAAAGUAAAGUGUAAAGAUUUUAAGUUUCAUGUUCAUAUUAUCUUUUUGAAUCACAAAAGAAAUUUUGAAAACGAUUUCAUAAAAGGUUACAUAUAUAAAAGAUAAACAUAUAUCUUAUCGUAUCAUCGCAGGCAGCUAGCGGGCACCAGGAAUAUGCGCAAACUUACCGAUUUGUUGUAUGGACGUGGCGUUACAAAGUUCGAGACCAAUGAAUCGUUCCAGCUUUUAAUUCAAUGUUGGUCACUGAUUGGAGUUAAGUCGUUAAAACCGUAUCGAUUCGGUCGUUUACUGCAUAUGUGCUUUUGUUGGUUUUUAUUACUCCUCUGUCCGUUAACUUUCUUCAUGGGUUACGUGCAUACUUUGACAACCGAGCCUAUAACAAUCCAACUUAGCCUUUUGCAAACAGCAGCCAAUGUCAUAGGCGUGCCACUCAAGACCAUUUCCGUUGCAAUAUUGAGGACGCAUUUGCGAAAAGUGGAACCGAUCUUUGAUAAUUUGGACGAACGCUACCAGAGCGUCGCGGGUCGUGAGCAGAUAAAAGAUUGUGUUAUGACCAGCUCACGUAUAUUCGCCAGCGUAGGGUUUAUGUUUCAUUUUUAUGGCAGCACCACAUAUCUCCAAGCGCUACUCACAAAUAGUUAUCCUCUGAGCACAUGGUUGCCUUUCAUUGAUUCUAUCUCUCAGCCAACCAUAAGAUAUUGGACGCAUUACAUCUUCGAGGUUUUUCACAUAGUUUUCAUACUCACCGUGCAAACUGCAAUGGAUUUGUUCCCGGCAGUUUAUAUUCGAACUUUACGCACACAUUUCAAUCUAUUGACGGAACGCGUUAGUCAUUUGGGUGAGAAUCCAGAGUUUACUGAUGAAGACAACUUUGACGAAUUGGUGGAUUGCAUUGUUACACAUCAGGAAUUGUUGGAGGCGAAAAAUAUUGUUUCAUCCGUCUGCUCGAUAACACUAUUUGUUCAAUUCGUUAUUGCUGCUAUAGCUCUCUGCAUUACGUUGCUAAACUUUUUCGUAUUUGCCGAUACGGUUCAACGGGUGGUCACUUUACUAUAUUAUUUUGGCGUUAUAAUGCAGAUCACGCCCACAUGCUAUCAAGCAUCGAUGAUGGAAGUUGACAGUGCCAAGUUGCCUGACGCCAUUUUCCAUUGCAAUUGGUUGGCCAUGAACAAGCGUUCCCGCAAGCUUAUCAUCUACUUCAUACAUCGAGCUCAGGAGGACAUUACCUUUGUUGCACUCAAACUCUUCAACAUCAAUUUGACAACUAACCUUUCGAUUAUCAAAUUUGGUUUUUCAUUGUACACAUUUAUGAACAGCAUGGACUUUGGGCAGAAUUUGAAGGAGUUAUUGGAAUAAAUAGGCGACUUUCGAAGUUUACUUGUAACCCAGAUUACAUUGCUGGUGUCAGGCAUUGGCUAUUAAUAUUACAUGCGAUAUUGCAGAUGUGGAUAUUUUUGUAAAAUAUCACCUUAGUCUAUAUUUGAAUAAUUCUUUAGGUACGCUUCAAAACAUUUUUAUAUUUUAAGGUUACAUAUCUCAUUUUAUGUAUUCUAAUUAUGGGUCGCUCUUGAGAUCCUAUUAUAUUAAGCGUUAAAUAUGUCUGCUAUUUAAUAAGAAUGGACCUCAUAUAUUUAUUUCCGAUAUUUCAAGUUCCUGUGAAAUUAUAUAAAAAUUAUAUAUUAACUUUCUUUCUAUUUAGUGAUUUAUUUCUUUCUAUUGAUAAUUUAAUUUCGUAAUUUUGUUUUGUUUUUUGCUUCUGUUUCAUUGUUUUCUAUACUGUGUAUUGGAAUAGUUGUUCUUGAUA